UCGGCAGCAAUACUCCCAAAAGAAUAACUGGGGCUACUGAACCGAAAGCCAAAUUGAAAGUUAGUGAAGAUGAAGAAAAUCAAGCUAAAUUUAAAGACUUUUCUGAAUUGCUAGACGUUGGUGAUAUCAUUGGAGUGAAAGGAAUUAUUUGUAAAACCAACCGCGGAGAAUUAAGCAUAGACGUAAAUGAUUUUACUCUUUUAAGCAAGUGCUUAAACCCCAUACCGAAUAAACUUACGGACGAAGAAGAAAGAUUUCGCAAGCGUUACCUAGACUUAAUUGUCAACCGCCAGAACCGAGCAAUUUUACGACAAAGGUCGCAAAUUAUUAAUAGCAUUCGCGAAUUUUUAAACCAACGGGAUUUUAUGGAAAAGGACCAGCAAACUUAUAAGUGCAAUGCUUGUUAA